AUGGAGAUACAUCAGGAAAAACUAAAAGAGGAUAAAAAGAAGAAAAAGAAGAAGAAGAAGCAUCGAAAGAGCAGCUCAGAUAGUGAUGACGAAGAAAAGAAACAGGAAAAACUGAAAAAAGCACUGAAUGCAGAGGAGGCCCCCCUUCUUCAGGUGAAGGAGCUCAUGCAGGUUGAUGAGAGGAAGCGGUCUUACAAUAUCCUCUGUGAAACCCGGGAGCCCACCGAGGAGGAGAUGGAGGCCUAUAGAAUGAAGCGCCAGAGGCCCGACGACCCCAUGGCCUCUUUCCUUGGACAGUAG